GCAGCAAGGGGAGGUGGACAGCUCUUCGCUUACGUCCCGAUGUGCUGAGAGCUGCUGCUUCAUUUCACCACCGCCCCAGCACCACAGCAGCUCAGUCCUCACUCUGUCGUCCAGUGUGAUCCCGGAUUUUGAUGAGAAGUGCCAACAUUUUUCUCGACUCUCAUUUUCUUUCCCCUAUCCUGCCUCGCCGAGAAGCCCACGCCAAGACGGCGGAGAGAGAAGUUUACCAGCUGCUGCUCCGGAGACGCCGAGGUUUCACGGUCUCAUACACCUCGUCUUCGUUAUCUUUUAGUUAAUUUUUUUUUUUGGGGGGGGAAGUUAACAUCGACUUCGGUAAAGUUUUUUUCCGGGGGCCCGAGAGGAAAACACAUCCGUCCGGCAUCAUGACUCGAAGAUCCUGUGCGAUUUACGCCACCGGCAUCGUGUGCGCUCACCUCCUGAUAGUGGGGAUCGCCUUGGUCGUGGCUCAAGUCUUCCAAACAAUGAUACACAGCCGGUUAAAAAAGGAAAUGACUUUGACGGAGAAGAGCAGAGUGUUUGAGUCAUGGAAGAAUCCACCUCCACCUGUUUAUAUGGAGUAUUACUUCUUCAAUGUGACCAAUCCAGAGGAGUUCUUGAAAGGCGGGAAGGCAUCUGUAAAACAGAUCGGACCCUAUACUUACAGGGAAUACAGGCCGAGAGAAAACAUAACUUUCCUGGAGAACGGCACCAAGAUUUAUGCCCUUAACCCGAAAACCUUUGUCUUUGUGCCUGAGAAGUCCGCCGGAGACCCCAAGGUUGACAUCAUCAGGACUGUCAACAUCCCAUAUGUGGCGGUGAUGAACGAGAUGAACUCCUACUCCUUCAUCGUGCGAACUUUAAUUUCCAUGUACAUGAACAGCCUGGGUGUCGAGCUGUUCAUGACACGCACCGUGGAUGAGUUCCUGUGGGGAUUCAAAGACCCUAUUCUCACAAAGAUCCACUCCAUGAAGCCUGACGUGGAUGAAUAUUUUGGGCUGAUGUGGAAGAAAAAUGGCACUCAUGAAGGAGAGUUUGUGUUCCACACUGGCGAGGAGAACUACUUGGAUUAUGGCAAGAUUGACACGUGGAACGGCCUGAGGAAGAUGUCGUGGUGGUCUUCCAAUCAGAGCAACAUGAUCAACGGAACGGAUGGCGCUGUCUUCCACCCUUUAAUAAACAGGAACGAGUUACUCUACAUCUUUGCUGCCGAUCUCUGCAGGUCUAUUCAUCUAGCCUAUGUGGAAGACGUGGAGGUGAAAGGCAUCCAAGCGUACCGCUUUGCACCCCCGAGCGACGUCCUCAUGAGUCCCGAAGACAACCCCGCUAACAAGGGCUUCUGUGUGCCAGCUGGAGACUGUCUCGGCACCGGGGUGCUUAAAGUCAGCGUUUGUCGAGAAGGUGCUCCCAUCGUCGUGUCUUUCCCCCACUUUUAUCAAGCGGACCCCAAGUACAUCAAUGCUGUCGACGGGCUCAACCCCAACAAGGAGGAACACGAGACGUACCUCGACUUGCAGCCGACCACGGGAGUUCCCAUUCGUGCCUGCAAGCGAGCUCAGCUCAAUAUCAUUAUGAAGAGAGUCCAAGGCUUCCCCAAAACCAAGUACAUCAACGAGACCAUUUUCCCCAUCAUGUUCGUCAAUGAGACGGCGACCAUUGAUGAUGACUCAGCUUCCCAGAUGAGGACGCUGCUCUUGAUUGUGACCCUUGUGUCAAACUUCCCCUUGCUCAUCGUGGGUUUGGGCAUCAUCCUGCUGCUGGUGCUCGUCGUCUUGUUCUGCCGAAACCGCCAGAAGAAGAAUGAAGUAAAACGUAUUGAUUUUACUGAAGCUUUUCAUUCUUUUACUACGGCAAAAGAGGACACGGCCUACACUCAGGUCAGCGACAAACCGGACGAGCCGUCGGAAACGCCAGCCAACCAGCCAAUGAGGAAUGGCUCCUACAUUGCCAUGUCUCCAGUGGAGGCCCAGAAGUGUUGAUUGAGGAUCUCCUGCCCAAGUGUGGAGCUCAGGAAGGGGGCUGAGGGAGCAGCACAGGGGUGUUACAUUACCACGGGUGGGGGUUCACACACACAGUGGGCUCGUUUUCACGUAUUUUGGGUGGUGGGGAGGAUAGGGAAAAGGGGUGGGACACAAACCCCAGUAUAUGUUUAGUCAACAAAGACGUUGCUCCUCUCACUGAGCCCUUUUAUGACUGUCUGUCCUCCUCUACUCUACCUGCUGAGCAUGGCCCUCACUGCCUGCCGUGCUGCAACACAACAACAAACUCUCACACCUUUAUUCCUCAUUUCCGUCCUGGUCGGCCCCUUAAACACGCCGGGACUCUGGGUGGGCUCAGCCAGGACAAGCCUUUUUUCCAUAAUUCUUCUGAGGGAACACAGUAGCAUAGGUGUCGCUGCUGCACACGGAUGCAUGAUCUUCUGAGCAGACUUUUGUCGACUAACGUGGCUAAAAGAGUGUUUAGUAUUCACCUGAACAACAGUGGGUGUUGUUACAGUUGUAUUCUUGCUAAUUUCCUCUCCAUCAGUGUUGCGUGAGGAGAACACUUUCAAGUCGACAGAUUAAAAAGCCCCUGUAAACUGAAUCCUUAGGACAAAACUCUGAACUCCUGGGCACAGAGGAUAAAAUGGUUUUGCUAAAACUGAACUUGGCAUAUCCUUUUUGUACAAACGAAAGAAAGACAGAAAAGAAAAAUGGACUGAGCCAAACUAUUUAUAGGAUUUUUGCCUUUUUUCCUAAGAUGAAUUAGUGCGCACACACCGCACUCAAGUAUCAAUUAGUGAAAGUGUCUGUGCACCUUUAUCUUACACUUCAGUGUCCUGUUUAGAUGGACAAUGGGCAACUGUUUUUCUUGACACAGGCGUGGUGUAGUGUGACACAUGAAAUACUUGUGAUUUUGGCCCCACCCCCUCCUCUUCUCCUUAUUUUUUGUCUGCAUUACUUUUUUUUUUUUUUUUUUUCAAAACACUAGUUAAAAAAAUGAAACAUUCAGCUACAUUUCAAAGUCCUCAUUAGUUAAGGUGAUACAAGCUAGAUGUGAAAUUGUUAGGAUUGCCGACUAGCUUGAUAAAGUCGCACCUUUUUAGGCUUCAUCACACAUCGAGACAAAAAGGAAAAAAACAAACACCCACAGAACUUACAAGGGAGACUUGAACCUGCUUUCUGCCUUACAAUGGUUCAGUGUGUUCUUUAUGUUCAUACAUUGUUCAAAUAAGCUGGAAAUCUCUUUGUCCUUAUUGUACAUAUAUAAAAGGGGAAAUGUUGAGAUACCUCUGACCAAAUCCAGCAAGCAGUCCUCCUAGGUGUGCUGAAAGACACUAACUCUGUCUGGUGUCGACCGCUCCUGCACGUCUACACUGUUACUUAUUAGAGAAAGCACAAUUUGGAUUGCUAAAACCAGUCCUCACACAAGGCUACCAGGUUUUUUUUGGUCCUAUUACUAUUAUAUUUACAGCUGAUCUGUCAAAGACACUUGUCAAGUGCCGUGACUAUAAAAAAAAAAAGAAAAAGAAAAAGGAAUCAUUGGGUGUUGAGGGAGCCCUGCGCGCCACCCGUCGCUGUGCAGUCGUUCGGUUUGCCAAGGAGCUGUAGGCAUUCAGGCAAACGCAGCACACAGCACUUGAAUCACUGUUUGUCUUAUGUUUCAUGAUGUGUUUUUCAUUUUUCUGUCCGCCACAUUUGUCUCAUCACACGUCAAAACCCAUUGCUGUCUGUCGAUGGGAAGUGAAUUUAAGGCCAUAAUACUGUCAAUAUGGAAAAUUCCCUGCACUUUGCCUGGAAAUUGUGCCCUGUGUAUUUUCAUUGUUUUUUUGUUUGUUUUUUUUGUCCUUGUCAUUUCAGUGCAGGUGGUCCAUAUGUUCAGUACAUUUCAAUGGUUUGUCCUGGCUAGUGUUGGUUGUGCUGUUGUUGUAAAUGGACAACAGACAUCCCUGCCUCUGUGUUACUUGCUUCUCAGCACAUGGAGUGUCUUCUUUUGAUAUACUUUUGUAUUUGUUAUUGCUGCUAAAAUAUGCCAUAACCUAUGGACUUGUAUUUGAAUAUGGGUUAUUAACCAUAAUGUGCUCGUAUUCGGUUUCAGGUUGAUCCACAGACUUUUUUUUUUUUUUUUUUCUCAAGUCUUAAAUCUUGAAGGCUUUCUGUGUCGCCAACCCUUUGACACCUGAGCACAAAGAUACAAAGCCCAAAGCUUUCUGCCAUUUAUUGGAAUUAGCAGUUACAGUUAUCACUAGAAACGUUUAUGUAAAGUAAUCACUAGUUAACCAGUCAUUCCUCAAUUAACAGUUGAACUGACCAUAUCACAUGUACCAUGGGGGUUAAUAUAUAGGGUUAGUAAACUUGACAGAAAGGGCGAGCCACUCCAGCGCCAUCUAAGAUUGGUGUCAGAAGUCUGGUUCUGGGUUUAAUAGCACCGGUGGAGAGUCCUUUUUAAAGCAGUUCAACAUUUUGGGGAAUAGGCUUAUUCGCCUCCUGGUGGAGAGUUAAGAUGAGAAGAUUGAUGCCACUCUUGUGUUUGUCUCCUGAAUUUGAAGCUACAGCCUGGAGAUGCUUAGCUUAGCUAGGCCAGCCUGGCUCUGAUGAUUUUAGCCUCUCAAAUGUGUUAUAGGAUGCUAUCAUUGACAUUUAAUGCAGUUUUUUAAAAUGUUUUGUAGACCAAUCUAGAAAUUAAUUGGCUGAUUAAUCCAUAAUGAAAAUGAUCAUUAGGUGCAGCCCUAGUGAAAAUUACAGUUCAUUGUUUUCUGGGUGGUUAUGUGAUGGAGAAUUUCUUGGUUCCAGGAAGUUACUGCAUCAACAAAUAAUUUGGCAGGUAACCAUCUGUAAAACUGGUGCUUGUAAGAGCCAGAGCCAGGUUUCCGGUCUUUAUGCUAAGCUAAGCAAAGCUAUGCUCCAUCUUAAGGUUUAACAGACAGACACGUGAGUGGUAUUAAUCUUCUAAUCUAACUCUCCAGCAGAAAGUAAAAAAGUAUGUUCUCCAAAAUGUUGAAAUUGUCCUUUUUAAAGUAAAACCAAUUCACUAAAGGCCUUUUUUAUUUCACCUACAUGCAAGAAACUUUGCCUUGUGCAAACUCACAGUCCAUCGUUAUCCACCUUUUGGAAAUAUUUACUUGAACCUGAAAAACCUUAAUCCUGUGAGUUGUGUGUGUUGCUUGUACAGCGCCUGUUCAAACAUACACACACACACACACCUGAGCCAUCACUACUCCUCCACCUGUCUGACUUCUACUACAUUGACCUUUGAGUCCAAUCCUUCAAGCUCAUUGGCUCGUCCCUGCUUGACCAAAGAUAACCCACAUAGAUCUGCCCCAGCGCCAUGUUUACUCUCCUCUGCGAUAACGGCUGUGCCACAAAGCCACCGCCUACCUACUUUUUUUUUUUUUUAAGUCGUGCCACCACUUAUGUGAAGUAUUUGCAAAUGUGUUUUGUGUGCGUGAAUGCAUGUAUGUGCCUUUUGACAUCAAGGCAAAAGAAAAAAGAUCACAGAUGGUAGUUUGAUGGGUAUUGCUUUUUUCUCACCCAGCGCAAGCGCAAACAAAAGUAAUCAAUGCUCUUUGAGCAGAAAAAAAUCUCAGUAUUAUGUAAGACAAAGCAAUACAUAGCUGUGUAAAAUAAGUUGUGGAUGUUUUGUAAGGGGCCACAUGAUAUUUAUGUAUCUUUUUGUUCCUGAAUUUGUGACUUUCGUUAGUUUGACUUGUGUAGGAUUUAUUCCUUUUUAUGUAGAGUGAUUUAGUCUUUUUAUUUUGUAAUAUUCAGCUUGAGUACAAGCACAUCACAUUUCAUUUUCAUUCAACAUUUCAUUUUUUUCACACUGAAAAUAUGAAAAAAAGUGUAAAGAUAGACCAGUCUGACAAACUGGGACCUGUCAGAGCCCUGUAAAAUAAAAUGUCUGUAAGAGUGUAUAUGAAUGGUUUAAGAUUCAGGUGUUGGACAAGUAUGAGAACUUGUGAGAGUAAAAACUUGUUUGUGGAGCCAAAUGCACCAUUUCUGUCAAACUGGAGUGAUUUACUGGAAGGCUGAUUAUCUUGAUGACUGAGUAAAGUAAAGAAUUGAUGCUGUGUAAACUAUCUUGAUGAAUGAAGCCCUCCAUCAGGGAUGAGCACUAGUGCCAUACCAUCCUUUGUUAUAAUUUUUUUUUUCCUUAAUUUGCUCUUUCGUGUAACGACUGCAUCUCCCUGUUUCAAUGUUCUGAAGUCACUAACAGACGUUUCCUCUUAAGAUGUACUAAUUUGUUUUGCUGCUGAAAAUGACAAUCCCCUUGUCAUGUUAGGUGCAAAAUGAUUUCAAAGUAAUAUCCAUUUUUAGUUUUGAUAAUUUACACUGCACAGAUGUUUCUACAGUGCUUUUGUAAACAUUUCUAGUGUAUUUGCAAAAAAAUAAAAGUUGCAGUCAAAUGCAAAGUACA